AUGAGGAUUGACGAGAGAAGCGCGCGGAGUAUCCUUUUUGAGACUGAAUUUAAGAUUUCUGCAGGUUCAGGGAGCAUAUUUGAGACGCUGAAGCUGGGUAAGCCUUUAAUUGUGGUGGUAAAUGAGGAUCUGAUGGACAAUCAUCAAAGUGAGUUAGCUGAAGAACUAGCAGAGAGGAAGCAUAUGUUUUGUGCUCAGCCUCAAACACUGUUACACACUAUCACGGGUAUGAGUUUGGAGGCCCUUGUUCCAUACCAUCCAGGUGAUGCCAGACCAGUAGCUAAACUCAUAAACCAGUUCUUGGCUUUCCAGAUGAUUGAUCUAGCUCAUAGUAAACUGACACAUGAAGAAAUGCUCGACUCCUGCAUUCUCUUUCGUAUUGAAUGA